AUGGUGGCAAAUAUUGGCGAACAGGGUUAUGAUAGAGCUGAAGAAGUGAAGCAAUUCGACGACUCCAAGCUUGGAGUCAAAGGCCUGGUCGACUCGGGUCUCUCCUCCAUCCCUCAAAUCUUUAUCCACCCGCCCGAAACAUUACAACAGUUGCAGUCCAAGACCCGACCCGACGCCCAACCAAUCCCCACCAUCGACCUCUCCGACCUCCACUCUGAUCGCCGCUUUGCCAUAGUCGACCAAGUCAGCGCCUUGUGCCGCAACUUUGGUUUCUUCCAGAUCACCAACCAUGGCAUACCUUCGGUGGUAAUGGACCGUACGAUCGCCGCCAUCAAGGUCUUCCAUGAGCAGCCGACGGAGGUUAAAGCGCAAUUCUACCGUAGAGGGAGGGGCCUAGGUGUGUCAUAUCUCUCCAACGUCGACCUGUACAAGGCCAAAGCUGCCAGCUGGCGCGACACGCUUCAGGUGAGGCUCGGCCCUGUGCUGGCGGUCGCCGAUGUUCCGGAGGUUUGUAGGGACGAAAUUGUUGCAUGGAACCGAGAGAUCCAACGGUUGGGAGAGGACUUGCUGGGGUUGAUGAGUGAAGGACUGGGGUUGCGCACGGAGAAGCUGAAGGACAUGACGUGUCUGAAAGGAAGGGUGAUGUUGGGCCACUACUACCCGCCCUGCCCACAGCCUGAUCUAACAGUUGGGCUUACUUCACAUAGUGACCCGGGAGUGUUGACCAUCCUGCUUCAAGAUCAUAUUGGUGGGUUGCAGGUUAAGCACGAUGGGGCUUGGGUGGAUGUGAAACCUAUCCCCGGUGCUCUUGUGAUUAAUGUUGGUGAUUUACUUCAGAUUAUUUCAAAUGAGGAAUACAAAAGCGUGGAUCACCGGGUGUUGGCGAAUCCACACCACGAGCCUCGUGUCUCAGUAGCCGUGUUUUUGAACCCGAGCAAUAGAGAGGGGUUGUUUGGUCCGCUGCCAGAGUUGGUCUCUCCGGAGAAGCCAGCUCUCUACAAAGAGUUUAAGUUUUCGGAAUUCAUGACAAGGGUAUUCAGCAAAGAAUUGAGUGGCAAAUCCUUAGUAAAUUAUUCUAAGUUGUAGUAAAGUAAAAGAGUUAAG